CAACUGUGUGUGAGUGUGACAGUCGAUUGUGAUUUGUGAUUAUUAGAUAAAUUGUUAAAUGUGUUUGUACUCUUGUCUUUUGUCAUAUCCAUGUUUUCAUUUGCAUUGUUGUUUUGUUAUAUGGAUGAAACUAUGUUUUAACACAAAUUAGUCCCGCGUGGUGUGGGCGAUUCGUAAGUAAAAGUUAUUUGCAGACUGUUUGAGUUUUAUUAGCUGAAGUUGGAAUGACAUGCUAUUCUUUUGUCUGUUAUAAACCAGUUCGUCUUCUCCAUCUAUCCUUAUUUUGCUUGUUAGCUUUUCCUGUUAUGAUUUGUGAUGAGCUCUCUUACUGACUUGAGGUAAAAGAUGAAGCAACUGAAAGUUAGUUAGAAUCACCUCCAGAGAAAUCGCAGAAAUUGUUAUGUGACCCGUUCUUCUAAAUCAGCAGUGGAUCACGUAGGUGUCAGAGGGUCGAACUCAAGUCAUGUUUGAUUGUCUGUGUUUAACUACGAGGUCUCCUAGAAGUUAAGGAAAUGACUUCAUGUGAAUACGUGAUCUUACAUCAUAUUCUUACAAAAAUGUAUUACAUGUUACUGAUGUUAGUUAUAACAAUAAAUGCAACAAUAAAAUAUACUCUUGCUGGCAACUUGACCUACUAGAUCCAAUGUUCCAGCUACGUACCAAUCAACAUAUGCAUUGACCAAACAAAAGAAACAUACAUUGAUGUCUCAACUAGUGUUAUUCAAUAUCCAACUGGCCACUGCCUGAAACCAAACAUCACUAUAUAUACACAACAAAGAAUCUACAACAUUCAAGAUUGCAAUGGGUGGUGAAGUUGAGAUCAGAGAGCAAAAAAAACCCAAGUUCUUGUGCCUUCAUGGAUUCAGAACCAGUGGUCAUAUACUCAAAACUCAGCUUAAUAGAUGGCCUGAAUUCGUUCUCGAUAAACUCGAUUUGGUAUUCGCCGAUGGCCCUCUUCCUGCUUCUGGCGGAAAUGGUGUUGAAGGAAUCUUUGACCCUCCUUAUUAUGAGUGGUACCAACCUAACGAGGAUUGUUCAGAGUAUACUAAUUUUGGUGGGUGUCUCGAGUAUAUAGAAGAAUGUAUGAUCAAGCAUGGACCUUUUGAUGGCCUACUUGGUUUUUCCCAAGGAGCCUUUUUAUCAGCUGCACUGCCUGGGUUGCAAGCCAAGGGUUUGGCUCUCACAGAAGUACCAAAAAUAAAGUUUCUGAUUAUAAUCGGUGGUGCUAAGUUAAAGAAUGAAGAUAUUUCUGAGAAGGCAUACUCGGACACAAUUACUUGCCCGUCUCUGCAUAUGUUAGGCGAUGCGGACGCUCUGAAACCAGACAGUAUUACACUCCUGGACUCAUUUGUCGAUCCUGUAGUAAUUCAUCAUCCGAAGGGGCAUACAAUACCAAGACUUGAUGAAAAGAGUUUGGAGUUGAUGCUGGGUUUCCUUGAAAAGAUACAAAAGGAACUUACCAACCAGGAAGCUCAAGAAGAAAAGUGUUCAGAUAAUACUCUAUAGUUAUGCAACUGAGCUUAAUCUGAAAGCUUGUGUAACUAUUUUCUGAUUUUCUUUUUAUAUGAUUCUCAAUUAAUAUCAACGAUCUGAUACUGCGUUAAGAAUAAACAGCAAUUGAUGAUACUGAAGUGAAUGUAUCUGAUUUAGCUGCAUUAGAUGAAUUGUUUCCAAACUAAAUUUAUCAUUACAAUUAAAGAGAACAAUCCUUCUCGAUUUGUUAUGCUGC